GUUUCAGGAGGUUAGGAGCCCCUGGAGGAGCAUUAGAAGAUCGUUCUGGAGUCUCGACCAGUGCCACAAAGGUACGAGUGUCCUUAGAAUAAUUAUUGUUGUUUUGAGUGAAAAUUUACGAACUUUCGAUUGAAAAUUACCUGGGAGGGAUGGAAGUCGUUGAGGUACCCGAAGACUCAGCACCCAGGGCUCAAUUCACUGUCAAUGAUUUGGAUAUUGAAAUUUUACCUCUGAUUUACGAAAUCAUUCGGAGUGUUGAGAAGGACCCGUAUGACAAUACUCAGAAGGCCAAAGAGUCACAGGACACUAGUCAUAAAAUCCUUGAACUACAGAAGAAAUUGGAUUCAGCAAGAGCUCAGAUAAAACGUUUACCGGGAAUAGAGUACAGUAAAGAGGAGCAAUUGCAAAAACUGGAGACUCUGAGAAAGCAGUUGAGACUGAAACGAGAGCUUUUACUGAAGUAUCGCAAUAUGUGCACCUUCGAAGUGCCAAAAGUUUCUUAAUUAAACGAGAAUUCAU